CAAAAUCGUUCGAUUUGUGAUUGUGAUCGGACUUCAAAAGACUUAUAAAAAAUGUAAUAAACAAAAAAAAAGGAAUUAUUUAUUAGAAAUUAUUUUCCAUAAUUAAAAUACAGUGACGGCAUUGUUUCCGGUGCAAAAAUGGGAUUUCUUACCAUUCUGAAGAAAAUGAAGCAGAAAGAGAAAGAGAUGCGGAUUCUGCUGCUGGGCCUCGACAACGCCGGUAAAACAACCAUCCUGAAGCGUUUCAACGGAGAACCGAUCGAUCAAAUCUCGCCGACGUUAGGUUUCAACAUAAAAACGCUGGAAUAUAAUAAUUACACCCUCAAUAUGUGGGACGUUGGUGGACAGAAAUCGCUGCGAUCCUACUGGAGAAACUAUUUCGAGUGCACGGAUGGUUUGGUGUGGGUGGUGGACAGUACGGACCGCAUGCGGAUGGAAUCCUGCCGCGAGGAGUUAUCGCUGCUGCUGCAGGAGGAACGACUAGCGGGAGCUACGUUGCUGGUGUUGGCCAAUAAACAAGAUCUGCCCGGUGCAUUAACCAGUAACGAAAUCAAAGAUGUGCUCGGGUUGGAGAAAAUCGAAACUCAUCAUUGGGCUAUUCAUGGUGUAAGUGCUGUGACCGGCGAGAAGCUGGUAGAAGCCAUCGAGUGGCUGGUGGAUGAUAUUUCUAAGAGAAUUUUUACGCUGGAUUAGUUGUGUUCUGUUCUUGAGUGAGACACAUUGUAAUCAUGAUGGUUUUAUAUUUGCUACUAUCCAGUCCAUGUAGUGUCCAACCCUGGUGUAAAUGCUGGGAAUAUUUUUCACGCCACAACUGUUGACGCCGAUCGAAACUAUUCCGAACUGUAUGAAACGGGGUUCAUCGAAGAGCAGCCCAACUGUUCCAAGGGGUCCCCCCGAAUCUCCCUUGCAGCUGUCCUUCCGUUCCGUUCCUCCCGCACACAGCUGACUCUCGCUGAGAGUUAUUGAGAGACUGUUUCUUUUCAGUAUUUGUGCGCAUUCGGCAUUUUCCACCCGUGGAAGAUAUGCCUUCAAGAGUACAUUCGAGACCGAGUUUGCUUCCGUCGUUCCCCAGCCUGUGAGCACGUAUUUGCUAUGCAACAAGUUUCGGAACUCACUGCUUGUAGGCAAGCAGAUUGGUUUAAUUUGAUCUGUAAUGAAGAAUGUUAUUGGUUUAGAUUUUUACUUUUAAGCUUUGAGGGUUUAAAGUACCAUUAAAUGUGACACUGGUUGCUAAGCGGAUAAGCCCGAUAUCGUUACUGUAUCUAGGCCGAUUGUAGUUCGGAUGCGGGAUUGCAUGUUCUACCAUGACAUCUUGAACUGGUCCCGCGCAGUCUCCAUCAUCUCCCUCACAAUCGAUGUCUGUAAUUUUGUUGUGCUCUCCCAGUCGAACAUGAUCGCUAAAACAAAACUAGUUGAAAUUCAAGCUCCGAAUGAUGCAAACGAGACUUACAGCUUGAGUUUUUUGUCUUGCAGACAAUGGGCCGCAGUUAGAACGUUGCGCUCGUGGAUCAGUGUACCACCGCAGCCAUCAACGAUUUCCAGGUUGAAAUCUUUAAACCGUAGCAGAGCCAUCCAGGGACACUCGAAGACUCCGGUUUCUUUACCGUACGC